AUGUUUAUAGUUUAUAAGAGUACUGACGUUACUUAUAUAUUCAUAGACGCAAUUGUAACAUAUAUAUUCGUCAUUGUUUGCAGCGACUACUUGUUCAAACUACUCUUGAUUGGAGACUCUGGUGUUGGCAAGUCCUGUCUGUUGCUUCGAUUUGCUGAUGAUACAUAUACAGAGAGCUACAUCAGUACUAUUGGUGUGGACUUUAAAAUUAGGACUUUAGAUUUAGAUGGAAAGACAAUAAAGUUACAAAUAUGGGACACGGCGGGACAAGAGAGAUUCAGAACAAUCACAUCGUCCUACUACAGAGGGGCACAUGGAAUCAUUAUUGUAUAUGACUGUACAGAUCAGGAUUCCUUCAGCAAUGUGAAACAGUGGUUGGAGGAGAUUGACCGUUAUGCCUGCGACAGUGUCAACAAGCUGCUGGUCGGCAACAAAUGUGACCUCACCACCAAGAAAGCCGUUGAUUAUACCACUGCUAAGCAAUAUGCAGAGCAGUUGGGUAUCCCGUUCCUGGAGACAUCGGCCAAGAACUCAACGAAUGUUGAACAGGCGUUCAUGACUAUGGCCGCUGAGAUAAAGGCUCGUGUUGGUCCUCCGUCGGCCGGAGCGCCCGCCGCCGCCGCUGUCAAGAUAGAUCAAGGACGUCCCAUCGAUACUAACAGGACCUCCUGUUGCUGA